AUGAAGAUCUCGGGUAAGCCCCGGCUCGUCCUGGAUCAUAUCAAUGGCUCGGUGAAACCGGGCAUAUUAACAGCCCUACUAGGCGUUUCCGGUGCGGGUAAGACAACUUUGCUGGAUUGUUUGAUUAACAAUCGCACCGGGUUAUGCGAUAAAAGCUUUCAGCGCAAGACGGGGUAUGCGCAACAGCAAGAUCUAUACCGGGAGACGACCGCCGUCCUUGUUCUGUCGACAGAUUUUGCUAAUGUCAACGUAAACCCCGCGAGUAAUGAGUCUACGGUGCUGGGUCCCUCCAAAAGCCAGACCAGUGGCGAGUACCUGGCUGAGCACAUGUCUACCGCCGGGGGGUGCCUGUACUGGCUGGCCCGCAUGCUCAAAGGGAACAAGGUGUAG